GACAGACGUUUGACCUGACCCAGGCAAGGGUUGAUGCAGAGUAUUUAAUUCCGCCCGCCUGUGAAUGAAGACGCUUUGGAAAAUUCUCCAGUGAGAGACGCUUAGAGGUAGAGGCGGGGAAGGGGGCGGGGAAUUUGACGCCAGAUAACGGGAAGUGUGAACUGAUUGGCCAGGUUUCUUAUUCCAUCGCCCAGCCGUUUACGGAUCGCGGAAGCCAUCCAUCAAAAGAAUUACACCAAUCAGCGACGAAAAUACCCCCUUCUCGCGAGAAAGCUCCGCCCUCCAAUAUAUUUCUCUGCAGAGCCGACGCGGCCCCUUCGGCUCCGAGCUGACCCUGAUCUGGGCCGAGUUGUCUCGGCGGCGUUGCCGAGACCUCCACCCUGGACAGUCCCCCUCCCCGGGCCUCUCUCCUCUUUCCUGCGAGUCCCCUCUCCUCGUAGGUCACUCGGAUCUGAUAUCGUGGGGUGAGGUGAGCAGGCCCGGGGAGGGUGGUUACCGCUGAGGAGCUGCAGUCGCUGUCGAGAUGAUUGAGGUACUCACAACAACUGACUCUCAGAAACUGCUACAGCAGCUGAAUGCCCUUUUGGAACAGGAGUCUAGAUGUCAGCCAAAGGUCUGUGGCUUGAGACUAAUUGAGUCUGCACACGAUAAUGGCCUCAGAAUGACUGCAAGACUAAGGGACUUUGAAGUAAAAGAUCUUCUUAGUCUAACUCAGUUCUUUGGCUUCGACACAGAGACAUUUUCUCUAGCUGUGAAUUUACUGGACAGAUUCCUGUCUAAAAUGAAGGUACAGCCCAAACACCUUGGAUGUGUUGGACUGAGCUGCUUCUAUUUGGCUGUAAAAUCAAUAGAAGAGGAAAGGAAUGUCCCAUUGGCAACUGACUUAAUCCGAAUAAGUCAAUACAGGUUUACGGUUUCAGACUUGAUGCGAAUGGAAAAGAUUGUAUUGGAGAAGGUGUGCUGGAAAGUCAAAGCUACUACUGCCUUUCAAUUUCUGCAACUGUAUUAUUCACUCCUUCAAGAGAACUUGCCAUUUGAGAGGAGAAAUAGCAUUAAUUUUGAAAGAUUAGAAGCUCAACUUAAGGCAUGUCAUUGCAGGAUCAUUUUUUCUAAAGCAAAGCCUUCUGUGUUGGCAUUGUCUAUCAUUGCAUUAGAGAUCCAAGCACAGAAGUGUGUAGAGUUAACAGAAGGAGUAGAAUGUCUUCAGAAACAUUCCAAGAUAAAUGGCAGAGAUUUGACCUUCUGGCAAGAGCUUGUAUCCAAGUGUUUAACUGAAUAUUCAUCAAACAAGUGUUCCAAACCAAAUGUUCAGAAGUUGAAAUGGAUUGUUUCUGGGCGUACUGCCCUGAAAUGGUUCCUUAAUUGGAUUAUGACAGCACCAAAAACCUACUCUGAAGCCUUUCUCCGCAACCUUGUUCUAUGGAUUCCAUAAUGUUACAAUGGAUUUAAGCUACGAAGCCUCAAAACACGAGAUAAGCAUGAUGGUCUCAGACUUUAGAAAACUGCCUAAUUAAUGUUAUGCUGUAGUGGAAUUAUGUUUAGAUUUGAAUUCAUCUGUGAAGCAUUCAAAUCAAAGCUAAAAGCCUAAAUGUGAAAUAGCCUGAGAAGGUAAACUGUGAAUCUUCAUUUCUAUCAUUGAUCUAAUUUUAGAUAUUAGAUCAUUAUCUUUAGGUGAUAUUGAAAAUGGUAUUUGAGGAGCCACACUAAUACCAUCAACUAUGUCUUCCCACAGCUUUAAUCACUUUCAUUAUUCUAAUCCUACUCCUACUUAAUUUAAAUAUUAAAUUUUAAGUUAUGAAGUUUACGUCAAAAGCAACAUUUCACAAAUGCACCUUUAAGGCAUAAUAAGGGUUAACAUUCUAGGCAGUAUAAACACACCCCAUAAUGCAAGUAAUAGAUAAUCCAGAAAUGUGGACUUGAUUGCUAUAUGGGAAUUACAUUUAAAUUUGAGGGCAUUUUAUAUAAAGAAAAAUACAGACCUAGAAAGUUGGUCAUAUUCAUUAAGGUAUCUUUAAUAUUUUUUUCUAGAAAACAGGUGACAUUUGUAUCUACGAUAAAAUUUUUAUACAGAACCUACUGCCUCAAACUGAAUCCCAUCAAGAAAAGUAGUUUCUAUUGUAUUAGUAACUCAGAAUAAAUUAUCACUUCGAAAAUUUGCUUUCCCACACCAAGGUAAGUUCAGGCUAGAUUCAACAUUCCAGAAGUUUUUUUUUACUAAAGACUGUUUUUAAAUUAGAAAUGAUGGCAGUUUUAUAAAAAGAGAAUAUACUUCCACUGAUGCCCUUACUGUGCUGAAACAAAGUCUUAAGAAAAGCAAGUAGACACCUUCAUAACUAUGAAUGAGGCUGCUGAGGUAGUGUGUAGGAUUCUCCAUGUCAGUGAAUGUAAGAAGUACAGUGUUAAAGUGUUGUAAACAGUUACUCAGUGCAAUGUAUAGCCUAGGUCCAUCCAGAAUGGCUGUAACCAAUUUGACAUCAUGUUAUGAUCAAUACACAAUGAAAAACCAAAGAACCACAGUAUAUCUUAACUUUUAUAAACCAUGUUUUAUGGGUAACUUUUUAGUUUUCCCAAAAGGCUGAUAAAUUUCAAUAUUUUGAAUAUGUCCUUGUUAAUUUUGAGUUGGCAGAAGUAAACUAACCAACUACCAUUAUGUUUUAGUACUAAGGGAUAUACCUUUCAAUAAAGUUACUGAAAUGCAA